UCGUAUCUACAUACAUACAGCCAUAAUACUCUACAUACGCAACACCAACUUAACUAACUCGAAUCUCGACAUCCUACGGACUUACCAGCAACGAUAGCAAUCAUGAGCGGACUCAAGGCUGGCGACAAGUUCCCCGAUAAUGUUACCUUCCAGUACAUUCCCUACAGCGGGGCGGACAUCAAUGCGUGUGUCGGGCGUCCGAAGCCAAUCAACGCCUCGAAGGAGUGGGCCGACAAGAAAGUCGUGCUGUUUGCCGUUCCCGGCGCCUUCACACCCACCUGCUCCGAGUCGCAUCUGCCCGGGUACAUCAAGCAUGCGAAGGACCUGAAGGCGAAGGGCGUGGAUUUGAUCGCGGUCGCGGGCUACAACGACGCCUUCGUGAUGAACGCAUGGAGCAAGGCGCAAGGCGUCAAGAACGACGAGAUCCUGUUCAUUUCCGACGAGGACGCGGCGUUCUCGAAGAGCAUCGGCUGGAACCAGGGAGCCCGCACCGCUAGGUACGCCAUCGUGGUCGACCAUGGGAAGGUCACGUAUGCCGCGAAGGAGCAGCCGGGACAGCUGGAUGUUUCGUCGGCUGAGGCGGUGCUCGCGAAGUUGUAAGGGAGCGGAUGUGUACGAGUACCUACACUCAUGCAGUCACUGUGUAUCGGAGUAAAAUAGACAAAGCAACGUGUUUACUCUGUGCGCC